CAGGGAAGACAAGAUACUUGAGCUUCCGGGAUGAGGGUGAGGCGUGAAGAGCUGCCUCCCUGGUUUUGUAAAAUCGCCAGGUCUCAGAAACAAAGUAAAGAUGAAGGCGAGGAAAUACCUGAACACAAGGAAAAUCCAAGGAAGGGCAGGCGACAGCCCUCUCCUCCAUCGCCCCCUCUGCCACUCUCCAAAGACCGCCGCUGCUCAGCCUGUGCGACUGAUUCAUCCCCGUGGGCUUCCUGCAGGAAUACUGCCCACAGUGCUCCCCUACUGGAUGCCCCUGCAGAGGACACAGGAUUGAAAAAGAAAAAGCUGCUUCCCCCGGAGUAGCCUACCUCUUCCGGCAGCAGACAUCAUCUACCACUGCCCCUUGGAGCAUUUUCCCUUAUCUCCUGGGCCUAGACAGCCCAGUGAAUGAGCUGACAGUGGAGGACAAAGAGCAAUAGAGAAAGAAAGGAUUCCAGACAUCUUCCUAGAAAUAGUCAUGGCGCAUAACCCAGAGCCUCUAACAGAGACCUCGGUGGUCAAGUUCAAGAAUCAGGACUUCAGGACUUUACGGGAUCGGUGCCUGAGCCGGGGUCAGCUGUUUACAGAUGAUACGUUCCCGGCUGAGGCAUCUUCCAUAGGCCAGAAGCUGCUGAAGGGUAAACACCUUUCAAAACUGGAAUGGAAGCGACCACAGGACUUAUCAGAGGAUCCGCCUCACUUCAUCCUGGAAGGUGCAAGCAGAUUUGACAUCCAGCAAGGAAGAGCGGGAGACUGCUGGUUCCUGGCAGCACUGGGAUCCCUGACCCAGAACCCACAGUGUCUGCGGAAGAUCCUGAUGGACCAAAGCUACUCACACCAGUAUGCUGGGAUUUUCCGGUUCCGGUUCUGGCAGUGUGGCCACUGGGUGGAAGUAGUGGUUGAUGACCGAUUGCCUGUCAUAGGCAAGAACUUCCUCUUUGUGCAUCCUCGCAGAGGCAACCAGGAAUUUUGGCCCUGCCUGAUGGAGAAAGCCUAUGCCAAGCUGCUUGGCUCCUAUUCCCAGAUCCACUAUGGCUACCUUCCCGAUGCCCUGGUGGACCUCACGGGAGGCGUGGUCACCAUUGUCAAUCUACACUCCUCCCCUUCCGACCUCCUGAUGGCGGUGAAGACGGCCGUCAAGGCGGGCUCCAUGGUGGCCUGUGCCACCCCAAAGGGGCUGACAGAUGAGUCGGAGGUGAUGGAAAAUGGACUGGUGAGCCAGCACGCCUACACAGUAACUGGAGCUGAGCAGAUUCAGUACCAGAGGGGCUGGGAAGAAAUCAUCCGCCUUUGGAACCCCUGGGGCAACACAGAAUGGAAAGGGCGCUGGAGAGAUGGGUCCCAGGAGUGGGAGGAAACCCACGACCCCCGGAAAAGCCAGCUGUAUGAGAACAAGGAUGAUGGCGAGUUUUGGAUGUCGUGUCAAGAUUUCCAAGAGAACUUCUCAUGCCUGUUCAUCUGUAACCAGAUCCCCAUCACCCCAGAUCAUGGAGUCACACCCAAUGAAAAAUGGCGCCAGAUGAUGUUUAAGAACCAAGUGAUCUCGGGAAACAUGGCAGGAGGACAUGCCAGGGAUACUCAGUAUCUCUUUGGUGUUCAAGAGGCCACAGUCGGCAACAAUGUUGUUGUGGCCUUUACCAUCAUGUCACAGAGCCUGAACACAGAAGAGGAGAUAUUCCCAUUACAGUUCCAGGUGUUCAAGGUAGACUCCCAGUUCCAGCAGUUCCAGGAGAGACUGCCACCUGCCUUUUUCUCCCCAUUUAGAAGUGCUGCCCAGGGCAUAGACUAUGUAUCCAAAUGCAACUUCACCAAGUCUUUCCAUCUGAGCCCUGGGACCUAUGUAAUUGUUCCCUCGGCACACCGCAAGGAAGUUGAGUUCCUGCUCCGAAUAUUCCUCAAAAUGCCAGACAAGGACAGGAAUCCGAGCAGCAGUUUCAACCUCAGAGCCCUUAAGGGAAGUCAUUCAGAAAAUGGAUCCCCCAAAAGCAUUUUCUACAGAUACGUGGAUCAGGGGCUGGACAUUGAUGCCACCCAACUUCAGAAACUUCUCAACCAAGAGUUCCUGACAGGGUCUCCAGGGGACACUUUCUCCUUGGACCAGUGCCAAAGCAUCGUGGCUCUGAUGGAUCUGAAGGUGAAUGGGCGGCUGGAUCAGGACGAGUUUGCCCGACUAUGGAGUCGCCUUAUCCACUGCCAGCGUGUUUUCCAGAGCAUCCAGAGGAGCCCUGGCGUUCUCCUGAGCUCAGAUCUGUGGAAGGUCAUAGAGAGUACAGACUUCCUUUCAGGAAUCUUCAUCAGCAAUGAGCUGCUGGGUCUCAUGACACUCCGCUACAGUGAUAAAUCUGGCCUGGUCAGCUUCCCCAGCCUUGUCUGCUUCCUAAUCCGACUGGAAACCAUGGCAAAGGCAUUCCGCAACCUCUCCAAGGACGGCAGAGGAGUCUACUUGACAGAAAUGGAGUGGAUGAACCUGGUCAUGUAUGGCUGAGGUGAGGAAUCUGGCAGAGCCCUCUGGACCAGGACAAACUCCUGGUGGUCACUCAAGGAACUGGCUUCCUCCUCCAUGGCAUUGUGCCGACCUCCUGUGGCAGGUCUGCAGCUAAACCUGAUCUUGGAAGUGGAGUCAAAGAUGCCUUUCAAGAUCUCGGGCUGAGUUGCCAGCUGAGUCAGGCUCCGGUAAACCCAAGGACGUUAGGUCAUCAGAGCACUUUCUGACAUCGGUAGGCACUUCCAGGAAAACAAAGCAGGAAGUCUCCCCUGUGGGGAAGAAGGGAAGGAGCCUCCACUACCAACUCUCGGAAUCCAUCUCUUGGAAAAAACAGACUGACCCAGUGUAUUCACCCCCCAGGUGGCGUUGGUGACCCAGGACUGGUCUAUUCAGUGUCAUUUACCAGUAAUGACAUUCUUUUGUAUCUGCAUCAUAGUUGUUUUACGGCUGAAUGGCAAAAUAAAAUAAAAUGUCCACAAAGGAUUCUGGGUGUGAAAGAAGACUCUUCGGUCUGGUUUUAAAAGUUCAGCUGAGGAAAAGGACAGUCUAGCCAGCAAAGGAGCCGCCUUCCUCCUCCUCGUUCAUCGUUUGGUUCUUGGGUAUCUCAAAAGGGUCAUUUUGAAUCAUGGUCAUUUCAGAAAAUAACCAGGGGAGGCCCUACUCUGCAGUAUAUGCAGUGAAAGAACUCAACUCUGGAAGCAUCUCUCAGUGGGGGAUUGUAUUGGUUGUUUUCCUCAUCUACGUAACAGAGUACCUGAUAUAACAACUUCCGGGAAGAAAGGUUUAUCUUGACGUAUUGUAUCAUGAGAUUUUAGUCUACUAUGGUGGGAAAGGGAUAGCAAUGUUCAUAGUGAUUAGAGCAUGUGGCACAGGUCCCUCCCGCCAUAGUGGACUAGGAAGUAGAAAUGGACCAGAACCAGGAGCCAGGCUAUAUAGACUUCAAAACCCACUUCUGGAGACUUAUACCUAUCAGCUCCCUCCUCACCAUCUGAGGGUCCCAUCAUCCUCCAAAAAUAGCGCCCCCUGCUCACGCAUGAGCCUUAGGGAGACAUUUUGGGUUUAAACCACAAUAGGAACAGCAAAUGGAUGUGUGGAAAGGACUUUCUCGAGUGACUUUGUGAGAAGACCCCAUUAGAAAACAGAUGGCAUGGG